AAACAACACUGAUCCUCAAAAGCAUCUUACUGAAUAAAGAAAAAUCUGCCACACUUUACAAUUUUAUAUCAUUGUAUAUUUAGGUUUAACAACACAACCGUCUUAAAUAAACAAACAAACAAAAAGUUACUCCGAAUAGAACGUGUCAGUUAUUGAUUCGAUGUGUUAUUUUUAAAAAACAAGUCGUAUAGUGUUUUGAGAAGACUCACAUCGUUUUAAAUUCAAUUGUAAAAGACAUAUUUGAAACAUGAAGUUAAUUAACGAAAAUGGUUUUGCUUUCAGACAAUUGAUCGAUUCAACUUGUUUAUUCUGAUAGCGAUUGUAACCAGACAUAACCCUCUCAACCUUCUUGUAUUAUUACAGGCUUUAGUAAAUAAAUAAUUCUCUCGAUCGAUGCAUUUCAACAAAGGUUUAAGAAUCAGAUGAAAAUAGAAUCUUAUUUUUUUCUUCAACAAUUCCUCGAUGAUACAGCCAAAUGGCUGAAUCUUCCGACCGCAGAAUUGAAGAUAAGGAAUAUGAUGUAGACUUAACUGAUUGUCUAUUACAUCAUAUGGAUAUUAGUGUUUCCGAAUCAGAAAAGAGAACUACUCCAGCAUUAAAUAUUAGGGAUUGCUACACAGUUUAUCUUGUCGAAACGAGAAUAACUGACAACAGCUGGGAAAUUAUUGAACAUGGACUGGGUCAAAUAUGGAGGAGAUAUUCAGAGUUCGAACAAUUACGGCAUUACCUAUGCUCUACGUACCCUUGGGCUGUUAUACCGCCCUUACCUGAAAAGAAGCAUUCAUUUCCAGUCCUCGGAAACUCGAACGAUACCUUCGAUCCUGACUUUAUUGAUAGGAGGAGGGCAGCGUUGGAGACAUUUCUACACCGAAUCGCCUCCCACCCAGUCAUUAGUAAGGAUUCCAUGUUCCUAAUGUUUCUGCAAGAAGAGGAAGGUUGGAGGAACAGUAUUAAAGAUAUCGGCUAUGUCCAGUUGGCCGAAGAUAAAUUUAAAUGUUUAAGUGCUGGAGUUCGGGUAAAAAAUAUUGAUCCUGAAUUUGAACAGAUAAGAAAAUACAGCCGUGCGGUACAAGGGAGCCUUUCUAAUCUACUUCGUAUCAGAUCUAGAGCCGCUUUAAGGAUUUACAAUAUUCACAAGUUGAGCAGCGGUUAUGGCAAGGUCUUCAGCGAAUGGAGUGCUAUCGAGAAAGAAAUGGGCGAUUCACUUCAGCGUAUAGGCCAUUUUUUCGAUUCUAUCGCUUCAGGCAGUGAAACAUUUUUGGAAGAAGAAGAACAUAUCAUAGAUCAGUUGAAGGAGUAUUUACAUUUCGCUUCUUCACUUGAAGAUCUUUGUGGAAAAAGAGAUGUAUUGCAGUUAGAUCUAGAGCAAAAUCGUGAAUCUUUGAAAUCGAAACGAUCUGAGAAAGAAAAAAUUUUACAAGGUAAAUCAAGUCUUGUUUCUCGCCUUUUGGGUUCGAUCGAUUCUGAAGAGACAAAAAAUAUGAGGCUCUCUUCGGUCGACCAAAAAAUUCAUGAAGGGCAGGAGAGUAUUUUUCAAAAUGAAGAAGUUCUUAAAGACUUCAAAUUUAAAGCUGUCGCAGACGUAGAAAGUUUUCAAAAAAGGAAGGUCGCCGACCUCACUGAAACUUUAGAAGACUAUAUUAAACUGCAAAUCAAAAUGGCGCGAAAGGGUCUGCAAACAUGGAGCAACAUCAAAGACUGUAUUAAUAGUAUACCUACUUAAAAUUUAUUUAUUGUUCGUUACUUAAUGAAACGUAUUUACUUAAUUAAUGAUCUGAUGAUAUUAAUGGAACAAAUGAAUUUUUGAAAUCUUAUUUGUUUUAUAAUUAUUUAUUUCAAAAUCCAAAAUUUAACUAACAACUAAAUAAAAAUUAACUAUUAGAAAAUUUUGAUUCCUGAAGUUAUUUUUAGUUUCUUUUAUUGAACAAUGAAAAGUACAAAUUAAAACCAAUCUUCAUAAGGUAAUUAUUGUUUUUCAGCUUUCCGAUUUCCAAAAAAAUCUUAUAUUAUUUUUUUACUAAAAAGUUCCAUAUGCUAAUCUUCGAAAUGUUUAUGAACUAUGCUGCGCUAAUAAAAAUCUGGAUAGUAUAUAUAUUAAUUGUUUAAAAGUCCAAUGCUUUCCAAAUAUUUUCUAGUAAUAUUAAUUUAUAAUGAGAGGACACAACAGCCUUAAACAAUUAAUUUAUAACCUACCUUGAUUUCUUACAUGAAGUUCAUGUAAAAUUUUUAAAAAAUUAAUAAUUUUAUAAAUCAAAAUUAAUUUUUCUUUCUUUUAUCGAUUAUGUUUCAGCUACAAUUUUUUUCCCUUGUUCAUUGCUUGCCAAAUAAUAACAUUGACAAAAGUUAAUACCUUAAAAAGAUAUAAUUAUAAAUCCGUGUGAUGAAAUAAAACAUAUCGACUGAAAAAUGAAACAGUAUAGAAGGUAAAGUACUCUAAUUUAUCCAAAUAUAGUUGUAUUACCUAAUUAAAAUUUCUUAUUGGUUAUCAAACGUAAUAAAAAUAAAAACUGAUCAAAAUUGCAUAUAUAAAAUAUAUAAAUGGAGUUUAUCUUACAAUCUAUAUUAAACUAAAGAUUUGUAGCUAAACUAAGGUAUUUGUAGAAGUUGGUUAGGAUUGCAGUCGAAGAUGAUAUAAGUUCACUCAAAUAAAAUGUUUAAUUUUUAUUUUUUGUGUGUGCUGAUAUAUUAAUUAUUCAUUUAUCUUUUCAUGUCUUAAUUUUUUGUCUAGAUAUGUUUGUUCUGGUUCCUAUGCAACCAGAACAAAUUCCUUAGCAACCAACCGAAGUAAACAUUUUUAGAUUGAAAGUCCUGACUAUCAACGUUGAUAAUUUUCAAAUCACAAAUCUGUCUUUAAAUUUUGUUUUUCAUUAUUUACACAUUCUUAUUUUGUUUGUCACAAUCUAAAUUUUCAUAGUUUUUUAUUAUAUCUUUUGCUUGGAAGAUGAGUAUCAGAAUACAAAAAAAUUGAAUUAUAAAGGAGAAGCGUUUAAAGUUAGCAUAUUCAGAUUUAUCGCUGUCCCUAACUUGCUUUAAAACAUCAAAAAUUGAACAUUUUCUUAAUCAAUUGUGUUCACCUUAUUUGUUUAAAAGAGGAAAUUAAUCUUCAAAUUGUGAUAAUUUAAAUAUGAAUUUUGGAAUUAAAUCUUAGCACUAUAGUAUGAUUUUAUUUAUUUUUUGUUAAAGGAAUAUUGGUGAAUAAUAGACUAUAGAAAGAAAAAAAAAAAUGUUUGUUUAGUAGCGCUGUUCUUCGUAACGAACAAUAUAUUGUUUAGCAUCUUAAAUUAUUGGUGUAAUGUUUUUUUAACUGGUUGUUAUCUUAUUGUUUGCCCUAGUAAAAAAAUUAAAUGUCGGCAUACAACAAAAAAAUUCAACUUUUUAUUUACGUGAACUUUCAUCACAUCACCUUUUCUCCCUGAUUAAUCAUCAAUUUCUACUGUUUGAUAUAAAUUCAACAAUAUCACUAGUAUUAUUAACAUUUUAUUAAAAAAAUUUCAUUCCUUUGUUUGUUAUUCAAAGCUAUAACCUCUUCUAAUGAAUAAGCUAACAUCAGGAUGGAAAUGAUUCAAAAUGUUUUGCCAUUAGUGACAAUAAGGAUUGUUACCAUUUAAGUUAGCUAUUACCAGUUUGUUAUCACAGUAUUAUACAUUCCGCUUGUUUAUAGAAAAUGUAUAAGUUACGAACAACCUAUUAUGUUUUUGUCAUAAAUAUAUCUUUUGUAUAUAAGUAUUAAAUAUUUAUUGGUUGUUACGUUAUCAUAGUUUCUAUUUUUAUUUUUUACCUAUUAUUUAUCCCCAUCCCUUCUCUAUUGAAGUAUUGUAAGUUUAUUUUAAUAAUUCUAUUUA